GUCAAGGUGAGAACGAGGCUGCGUGUCCGCCAUCUUGUCGGCUGGUUCCCCUCGGCAGCCAUGUUGCGAUCCGCCGCCCAACUCCGCUGCUGUUUACGGCGGAUUCCGGGGGUUAAACUCGCCCCCGGGACGGGAACAACCUCGGGCAGGGCCGCGGUGGUACGAUGCGGCUGUUCGGCGGCCCACAUCGCCGCUAGAUCCCGGGCAACCUUGGCAAAUUUAAAGCCUCAAAAUGGAAGAAUGGUCCUGCUUAUGCCGAGAAGACUCUACUCAUCAGAUGGCCUCCCAGCUCACCACAAAGUGGUGCUGCCAGCACUGUCACCCACUAUGGAGAUGGGCACCAUCGUGAGUUGGGAGAAACAGGUUGGUGAUCAGCUGAACGAGGGAGACCUUCUGGCAGAGAUCGAAACGGACAAGGCUACCAUGGGGUUCGAGACACCAGAGGAGGGGUACCUUGCGAGGAUAUUCAUCGAAGCCGGAGCGAAAGAUAUCCCCAUAGGGAAGCUGCUGUGCAUCAUUGUUGAGAAUGAGGACGACAUCGCCAAGUUCAAGGACUGGAGUCCACCGGCUGAUGCUGAACCAGCAGAAAAACCACUGCCAAAACCAGUCUCUGAACCGCCACCACCACCCCCACCUGCACCGGCAGCAGCCCCACCCCCUCCUCCCCAACCCCCUGGCAGCCAUGCCCCCUCCCCCACCCCAGCCGCAGCACCCCCCACCCCAGGGGCUCGAGUUGUCGCCAGCCCGCUGGCCAAGAAGCUUGCAGCAGACAAGGGCAUUGACCUCUCUAUGGUGAGUGGUACAGGCCCGGGUGGAAGAAUACGCUCGCAGGACAUCGAAGCCUUCACACCUGCAGCUGCACCUGUGCCAGCUGUAGCACCUGCUGCACCUGCUGCAGCACCUGUCGGGACGUUUGUGGACAUCCCUCUCACAAACGUCAGGAAGGUCAUUGCCAGUCGACUUCUACAGUCCAAGACCACCAUCCCACACUACUAUCUAUCUGUGGAUAUUAACAUGGACAAUGUUAUAGGGCUGCGGAAGGAAUUGAACGCCAUUCUUCAGAAAGACGAUAUCAAGAUAUCUGUGAACGAUUUCAUCAUCAAGGCAGCAGCACUGUCCUGUCUGAAGGUGCCAGAGUGCAACUCUUCAUGGAUGGACUCAGUUAUAAGACAGUACAAUAAAGUGGACAUGAGUGUAGCUGUGAGCACAGAUUCGGGGCUCAUCACACCUAUUGUCUUCAAUGCACAUACAAAGGGCCUGGCAGCCAUCAACUCUGAUGUAACCAGUCUUGCAGCCAGAGCCAGGGAAGGCAAGCUACAGUUACAGGAAUUUCAGGGAGGAACCUUUACAGUGUCCAACCUGGGCAUGUUUGGGAUAAAGAAUUUCUCGGCGGUGAUUAACCCUCCUCAGGCCUGUAUCCUGGCUAUAGGAGGGGCUGUCAAGACUGUGGUACCCGACCAGGAUGCAGAGAAUGGACUGAGUGUGGCGACCAUGAUGAGUGUAACGCUGAGCUGUGACCACAGAGUGGUGGAUGGGGCAGUCGGGGCACAGUGGCUACAGGAAUUCAAACUUUACCUCGAGAAACCCGAGACCAUGUUGUUGUAACAACUGAAUUCUCCAGAAAAAAAACAA